AUGGUAGGGGUGCACUGGGACCACACUGGUUGUGUGGUUUCAGUCUCCUCGGGAGGGACAGGAGGAAGAGGAACAGGCAAUGGAGCAGCACUGACUGACAGCCAGGCCUCUGCAGGGACAUAUCCGUCAUAUAGAGCCAGCUCAGGAAGGGAAAGAGGAAAAAACAACAACCCAGAGAGAUACUGCCCUUUGAAGGAGCAGGGCUUCUAUUCAGCAGCAGAUGAGCUACAGAGACUCAGCCCACAGGUCGACAGGACAAUGGAACAAUUCAUUAUUAUGUUGAUGUUAGCAGGAGGGGUUUCUGGGUUCUUAUUGACACCUGAGACUGAAUGUAACAUACAGAACACAACCCUGUGUUCGGCCGUUCUUGGAGGAUCUGUGUAUAUAAAACUGAUGACCAAUGUGAGCAUGUAUAAGGUUUUCUGCAAGAAGGAACUUUCCAGUGAAGUCAUAAACGUGUUCUCCUGGAGAAACAAAAAGUUGAAGAUAGAAAACGCCUUUAAAAAUAGAACAGAGUUUUUCCACAAUAUCGGCACACUCAAAAUCACCAACGUGGCGAGGAAUGACUCCGGUCGGUACAACAUAGAUAUCUUUGAUCAAGAUGGGAUCCUUGUGAAAAAAAAUCCUUUUAACCUGGAAGUUAAAGAGGACAUUUCUGCUAUCCUGAUCCCAGUUUGUGCUGCACUGGGUGCUCUCCUGAUAGUGGCGACAUGUUGCUACGUGUGCAGGAAAAACAUGUGCUGCAAGAGGUGCGGAACUGGACUGAAAUCAUCAGCAGGAGCCCAGGAGAUGUGGAUAUUAGACCAAGAACCUCAAAAUAAUGGAACAUUGGUGAUCAAUAACCUGAUCGGGAAUGACAGAGGUGAAUAUACACUUCAAAUCUAUAAUUCAAAGGGACAUGAAGCAGGAAGGAGGACUUUGCAGCUCACUGUUCAAGGCUUCAUAUUCAUUAACUGUACUUCCAAUGGGACACACAUAUCAAAGUGGGUGUUUAAAGAGAAUAACAGCCUGUGUAGUGACCCAACAACAGCAGUCCCAACAACAGACACACACAGAACUGUGGGUAAGGAGACAGAUUCAGUUAAACCCUCCACUAUUUACACAUCCUCCAAUCAAACCAACACUCUAAGCACAGAGGAGCCUUGGUUCAUUAAGCAUUUGUGGGUGAUACUGGGUGCGCUCUCAGCACUGGUAAUUCUCUUGGUCAUUGGCAUAGUAAUCAUCUGUGUUCAAAAGAAGAAACAGAACAACAGAGGAGAAGAAGAAGAAGAUGAUCAGGACAUAAUCUACGCGGAUGUAAGGAUGGUGCAACGGCAAGGGAGGCGGGUGGAGCAGCGGGCAGAGGUGGAGGUGGAGUACGGCCAGGUCAAGUUCUCAAAGCGGCCUCCACGGGCCGAACCAGCAGCCGAUGAGUCUGUGUAUGCAAAGGUUUGUAAAGUC